CCGUGGGUUUCCCAAUCGAAAAGUCGGUCGCUGUGAAAAAAUAACAAACUAUUCGGUUGAAAUUAUUGAACAACUACAAAAGGAGGUGGGCAUUGAGGACUACUGAAAAGGCAGAUUGUAACGAUCAAUUUAAAAUUGUCUACUGACCAUGAAAAGCUGGCCAUGAAACUUUUUUUCCACUGAGAAUUGGAUAAGUGAAAGACUGCGCAAAAGGGACGAACGGAUUGAUUUUGAGGUGAAAGUGGACUAAAAGGUACAAAUGGAACCAGGAGCAACUCCAUCACCUGUUUCUGCCCCAGUGGCGGCAAGUGCGGCUCCAACAGCAGUGGCUACUCCCGUCCAAGUGGCCACUCCCGCGGCAGUGUCUCCUAUACCAGCGGCACCGAUUGUGGCAACACCGAUAGUGGCAACACCUAUAGUAGCUGCGCCUCCAGUUGCAAGUGUGCCACCUGCAACAGUAACUGCUCCCGUCGCUGCAGCUCCUGCUGCGAUCCCUGUCGCACCCGUCGCUACUCCUCCAGUCCCAGCUCCUGCUGUUGCAGCCCCCGUCGCAUCUGUGCCGCCUACAGUUGCUGCAGCACCAACUCCCGUUGCAGUGACUCCAGUUGCCACAGCUCCUGUGAUUACUGCACCGCCUGUUGCUGAAACUCCAGUUGCUGCUCCCCCACCUGUUGCUCCACCCGUUGUUGCAACAUCGACUCCUGCUGCAGCGACUUCAGAAGUUGCUCCUGUUACUGUUGUUCCUGUGAUCACUGCACCACCAGUUGCUGUUGCUUCUGUGAUCGCUGAACCAUCAGUUGCUGUUGCUCCCGUGAUCGCUGAACCACCAGUUCCAGUUGCUUCUGUGAUAGCUGAACAACCAGUUGCUAUUGCUCCUGAGAUCGCUGAACCACCAGUGGCAGUUGCUCCUGUGUUAGCUGAACAUCCUGUUGCUGUUGCUCCUGUGAUCGCUGAACCACCAGUUGCUGUUGCUCCUAUCAUCGCUGCACCAGCAGUUGAUGUUGCUCCUGUGAUCGCUGAACCACCAGUUCCAUUUGCUCCUGUGAUCGCUGAACCACCAGUUCCAGUUGCUCCUGUGUUAGCUGAACAUCCUGUUGCUGUUGCUCCUGUGAUCGCUGAACCACCAGUUGCUGUUGCUCCUAUGAUCGCUGAACCACCAGUUGCUGUUGCUCCUGAGAUCGCUGCACCACCUGUUGCUGUUGCAGUUGCAGUUGCUCCUGUUAUAGCUGAACAACCUGUUGCUCCUGUAAACGCUGAACCACCAGUUGCUGUUGCUCCUGAGAUCGCUGCACCACCUGUUGCCGUUGCUCCUGUGAUCGCUGACCCACCUGUUGCUGUUGCUCCUGUUAUCGCGGAUCCACUUUUAGCCGAAACUCCGGCGGCUGUGCCAUCACCUGUUGCUUCUCCCGUUGUUGCAAUAUCAACACCAGCAACAGAAGUCCCAGUUGCUGCUCCGGUGAUCGUUGCACCACCAACACCAUCAGAAACACCUGUCGUUGUUCCUGUAGCUGCUCCUGUUGUCGCCGAGACUCCGGUUGCUCCUGCUGUGAUUACUCCGCCUUCGGAUCCUGUUGCAGAUACUCCAGAAGUUGCUCCUGUGAUCGCUGUGCCUCCUGUUACUGUUGCUCCUGUGGCCGCUGCACUAGCGGAGACUCCGCUUGUCGAAGCUCCACUUCCAACCACUGAUCCUGUAACCAUAGCACCGCCUGUCGAUCUUCCAACAGAAGCAACAGUUUGCGCAUCUAUACCACCGGUUGGAUUUACCGAUGCUUCAGUGGCAGUUGCAGAUCCCGUUCCUCUUGAGGCAGCAGCUGCAGAAAUUCCCAAACCAGUGGAAGCACCAGUUUCAGAAUCACCAACGCCUGCUCCCACUCAAGAAAUAGCACUUGUGGAACCAGGUGCAGAAAUAAUUUCCCCAUCUAUACCCGAACCGGAACCAACAGUAGCCACUCCCGUUGAGCCUUCUCCAGUAAAGACUCCAGCAGCGGUUCAGGAACCAGUGAGUAUCAAAGACGAAACCCCAACCGAAAUUCCAGCUCCGGUUCCAGAAGCUCUUCCAGAGAUUGCUGCCCCAAUUGCAGGUUCAGAGCCAGUGGCUUCCACUGUCACCGAACCUUCUUCAGUAGCUGAAAUCCCUACCGUCGAUGCUGUCGAACCAAUUAAUCCUGAACCUAUUGAGGUUGCGACUGUUCCUGAAACUGAUUCUAUAGUAAGUCCUGAAGAAAUUUUGCAGCCUGCAGUGCCGAUCCCUGAAGUGGGUGUUUCGCCUGCUGAACCAGUAGUUCCAGCUGCCCAAGAGAUCCCUGCAGCUGAGAUUCCUGAGACGACAACGAAAUCAGCUGACGAUGUUGUGGAACCGAGUACUAUUGAGGAACCUGCUGCAACACCUCCAGAAGUAGAUGUUGUUCCAGUCGAACCGGCCCAUGAGAUAAUCGCCGUAGACCCUGUUGAAGCUCCAGCUGCUGUGGAAGUGGUCCCGUCCUCACCAGAACCAGUGAUUUCAGAAACGCCAGCUGUCGAAGAACCAAUUGUUACCGAAAAAUCUGUAGAAGCAGUUUCUGCCACUGAAAUCGCAGAAAUUACCACUUCUGAAGAAGUCGCCAUUACUGAAGAAAAGCCUGUGCAAGAGGUUUUGGCAGAGGCAGUUCCUGUUCAAUCACUUCCCCCACAAGAUUCUGUUCCCGUGGCAAAGAUAACUCCUUUGCUGCGAGAUCUUCAGACCAACGAUGUGUCCCUAUUGGCCCUUGCAGCCACCCUGGAUGCCAUUGGAGAAAAGCUGACGGACCAAAAGGCCAGAAAUCAACAGGUAAUGGAUAGACUUUGCGAAAUCGAAAAGAUUCUAGGCCCUCCGAAAUAAAAUUAGCUUUAACUGAUAUUCAUACAUAUAUUCGUAAAAUAUAAGUUACAAAUGUGCAGCUAAAAAUCAUGAUAUAUUAAUAAAAAGUCCUAAAGUGUUCA